UUUUCAACGUCACGGCGGGGGUCCUCGGACGACAGUGUAGACAGACGUGUUUCAUUGGAUUUGGGCUUCCGGUUGAGUUGUCAGUAAAGGCGGAAAAAAUGUCUAAAGUAGCUUUUAAAAUUAUUUUAACGUCUGAUCCCCGAAUGCCUUAUAAAAUACUAAAUGUCCCUGAAAGCACGCCAUUCACAGCUGUGCUUAAAUUUGCAGCAGAGGAGUUUAAGGUUCCAGCAGCAACAAGUGCUAUAAUAACAAAUGAUGGAAUUGGAAUAAAUCCAGCUCAAACAGCAGGAAAUGUUUUUCUGAAGUAUGGAUCAGAAUUGAGGAUUAUUCCCAGAGACCGAGUUGGAUGGUGUUGAGCACUGGAUCAUUGCUUUUUAAGACACUUUAAUACUUUUAUUUUGGAAUAAUCUUUAGCUGCAGCCUCACUCAUACCAGACUUUAUAAAUUUACCAUUUAAAAUUAUGUUAAAAGACUGGAAUGUCCUCAGAAUCCCUGAGUAUCACAAUUGGCAGAUGCAAUUUUGGAAUCGAGUACUUUCAUAUUUUGUUGUGUACUCGGUCAUUCUGUUUCAAAUAUGAUAUAAUUUCCAGCAAAUCAAAAGUUCACUUGUGAACUUUAGGAUUUCAAAUACUGUCUCUUCUCUUUUUUUUAAAACACCCUUAUCUACAAAAACAAUUUAUGUGGACUGACCACCUGUCCAGAAUUGGUUCCUGCCUUGUUACUGUUGCUACUUGGAUGGGCUUCACCUUCUAGGACUCCAUAUUUUGAUGUGGUAGUUAUUUAAUUUAUGUAACGGAUGGUUGAAUGGAUUUAUACAAACCUUGUAUUACUAUCAAAAAGUUUGUAUAUUUCUUUUUGAAGUCCAAAAUUAAAAGUAAAGAAAUGUUUAAAAUAUUUUGUUACUUUUAACAUUUUUUCCAAUGUACUUGGUACUUUAUUGUGUAAAUGUUAAUAUAGUGUAUUAUAGGCCUUUAAUUCUUCAUGAGGCCAUAAUUUAAAAUGUUUUCAAUUCAUUUUUACCAUGUGCACUUAAAUAUGUUUAUUAUUUUGCAGAACUGAUUAUGAUUUAAUAAGGAUAGAGAAAAACUGUUAAAUGAGGUUCUAAAUGGUUAAGGGAGAAUUAAAAUAUAUUUCAGUAUGUGUAUGAUAUAUUUUUCCCCCAGAAUUAAAAACAUAUAUUAAAUGUGAUUUAUUUAUUAUCUGAAACAGUUUGAAAUAUUUUCUAGACUGAUGUGACCAAAAAUCCUUGAAAGAAAGCAGAAACAAGAUUCUAUCCUAGAUGUGUCUGUUUGGUAUUGGGUAAGAGAAGUACUGUUAACAUUGACAGCCUGUACUUUGAGCAGUGGUUUAGACAAUUAUUACUAAAAUACAUCAGUUAGGAGAACUUCGAUUGAUGUUGUACUAUGCUAAUGUUCCAGCACAAUUUAAUAUGACUCAUACUGAAUAUAUAUUUGGUUAAACGUGUCAUUGCUAUCCAGUUUAAAAUCUUUCUAGUUUCUCAAAUCAUGGUAAAGGUUACUAAAGAUACAGUCAUGUGAUAAAAUAAGUACCUGAAA